CCGAAAGAGAAUUCACGGAUGAAAUUUCCCAAAAAUAUUGAGAUAAAUUGAGUAGUUUGUAAAUAUUGUGUCAUUGUUCACAGGGUAUUUAUUGAAGAUGGAGAGGAGCAUUAAACUGAUAUUUCUGGCUGUGGGAUUUCUGGCUGGUUGUUUUGGAUAUACCCACGCGUGUUCUUGUGGCCAAUGGCCAGAAAAUGGUUGCCAAUCCGAUUACUCUCUUCGUGGCGUGGUACUAACCGUGCGGAAUGUAAACGGACCAUUUGUACAGGAAAGGGAAUAUUUGGUCUAUGUACAGCGGUAUUACAAGGCGAUCCCGCGGAGACGUAGGUUUGUACGGAUCCGGUCAGCAAGGCACAGCGCUACGUGCGGUGUGCAAUUACAAAGAGGGCGGCGAUAUGUAAUAUCUGGUAGUGUGGAUGGACGUCGACUGAGGACAAACCUUUGUGCAUACACAAAAGCAUGGGACAGCAUUCCUUACUGGCAACAACAAAAUCUGUACUGUGGCCCUGGUGCAUUGGAUCUUCCCUUGUUGGCUCCCUCGACAUAAGGAUGAUCCUAUAAUCUACAAUUCACAGUGUAUAUAGCUAUAUUUGAUACUGCUACCGACAAUUUGAUAUGCGGUAUAUGAGUGUUCUUAAUUUUUGUUUUAUAACGUUCACUGAGUAAACGUGUGCUAAUAAAUAUUUUUGAUAAUAGCUUAA